ACUCAGCCUGAGUGCGCUCUCACUGCUGCUGCUCUCCAUCCAUCCCUCUUAUCUUUUAUUCUCUUUCUCUGUCCACCAAUCCCAUCAUCUGUGUUCUACCUCCUCUUGUUUUUCACCGUUUUCUCUCUUCAUCUCUUCCUGAGGUUCUUUUGUUUUUUCCUCUCUCCUCUUUCUCGGACCACCACUUUUCUUCUCGCCGGCCGUAGUCCUGAGCCCGAGCGUGCGGCACCUGUGCAGACUGGAGUUUGUUGGGCUGAGGCAGAAGGUUUUUCUUUUUUUUUUCUUCUUCUCUUUUUUUUUAAAUUUUAAGUGUGCAGGUUGAACACAGGAGGGAGGGGAAGCAGCACCCGGGACCACCUGACCAAUAUUUAUUGAGAAUAUGAGGAGAUUUAGGAACUGAUCUCCUGCUUCAGCUUUUUCCCAGCUGUUUAUCUGUUGUUGUUUUUGAAUUUUUUUAAAAUUGCAACAUCUGGAAUGCUUAACAAGGACUGAUGGAUGUUUCCGAACUGUGUAUCCCUGACCCUCUCUGCUACCACAACCAGUUACUAACCAGAAUGCCCUCCGAGGAUCGGCACCUAUCCUCAAGCUGUGGUUCUUAUGUCAAAACUGAGCCUUCCAGUCCUUCCUCCUCGCUCAUAGACACUGGCAGUCACCACAGUCCCAGCGGCAACUCUGACGCCAGCGGCGGCUACGUUAACGUUGGCAGCGGACGGUCGCACACCCUGGACUCCCCCCCAAUGUUCAACCCAGGCAUGCUGGGAGGCGGCAGCGCCUGCUUACGCCGCUACGAGGAGUGCUCCGGUGGCAUGGCCGAUGACUCGCCAAUCAAGUGCGAGUACAUGCUCAAUGGAAUUCCCAAGAGGCUGUGCCUGGUGUGUGGCGACACUGCCUCGGGGUACCACUACGGAGUGGCCUCCUGUGAGGCCUGCAAAGCCUUUUUCAAAAGAACAAUACAAGGGAAUAUCGAGUACAGCUGUCCGGCUACCAAUGAAUGUGAGAUCACCAAAAGGAGACGAAAGUCUUGCCAGGCCUGCCGCUUUAUGAAAUGUCUUAAGGUUGGCAUGCUAAAAGAGGGUGUGCGUCUGGAUCGAGUGAGAGGGGGGCGUCAGAAGUACAAGCGGCGGUUGGAUGCCGAAAACGGCGCCUACCUCGGCCUCACCCUCCCCCCUCCAGCCAAAAAACCACUGACAAAGAUCGUCUCUCAUCUGCUGGUGGUGGAGCCAGAGAAGAUCUAUGCCAUGCCUGACCCCACCAUGCCGGACGGAGACAUCAAGGCUCUGACAACGCUUUGUGACUUGGCUGACCGCGAGCUGGUGGUCAUCAUUGGCUGGGCCAAACAUAUCCCAGGCUUUUCCACACUCUCGCUGGCAGACCAGAUGAGUCUAUUGCAGAGUGCCUGGAUGGAGAUCCUGGUGCUGAGCAUUGUGUUUCGCUCACUGCCCUGCGAGGAUGAGAUAAUGUAUGCGGAGGACUACGUGGUAGAUGAGGAGCAGGCGAGGAUCUCAGGCCUGCUGGACCUUCAUGUUGCUAUCUUGCCAUUGGUCCGACGCUACAAGAAGCUGCGCAUGGAGAAGGAGGAGUUUGUUACGCUCAAAGCCAUUGCACUCUCUAACUCAGACUCCAUGCACAUAGAGAAUAUCGAGGCUGUCCAAAGGCUCCAGGAUUCUCUACAUGAGGCCCUGCAGGAUUUUGAGGGUUCCCAGCACCCAGAGGACCCCCGGCGGGCAGGCAAGCUGCUCAUGACCCUGCCUCUGCUCCGUCAGACUGCCACCAAGGCCGUUCAGCACUUCUACAGCAUCAAAAUGCAGGGCAAAGUCCCCAUGCACAAACUAUUCCUCGAGAUGCUGGAAGCCAAGGCUUGACACCCGGGCCGGGUGUUUGACGUGCAGCUGCAUCACCCAAUCCGAGGCGAGGGACAGCCCAUUAAAAAAUAAAUCAAUAAAUAAAGGUGGUGCCAACUGACAAUGGAAGGAUGAAGCUUGGAGUCAUUUUAACACUUUUAAACAAAACUAAACUUAAAGGUAAAAGGGACUUGAAAUAGUUUUAAAAGGUGGGCAAUUAUCAGUCUGAUUGACAGGGGAUCACGAUUAUGUAUAUAAAGAUGUUGUGUACAGAAAUCAGGCAGCCGAGGUCUUGUUAUAACCAGAGACCCGUUGCUGUAUAUCACCUAAAGGUUCUGUGAAUUUGUUUCUUAUCUUAUUUUCAUCUCAAAAUGGAAAUGUGAUAAUAUAAAUGUCCUCAAGAACUGUACAGCCACGUAGCCACGUUACAUGUUUUUAUUUCCUUCUCUCACGUUUUCUCAUCGCAAGCUGUUAAAGCAAUAGUCUCUAACUGGUCUACAUAUAAUAUGUGUACUGUAUAUUGUGUGAAAUUGCACUGGACGUGGGGUUGGGGGAGGGAGAACUGUUAGACAUAUUCUUGUAUUGACCAUCGAAGACAGUGGUACUCGUCACAGUAAGAUUCUCCAUUUCUUCAUUAUAUAUUUACCUCGUAGAAGCUUCAUCAGCUCAGUGGUUCGGUCAACUUGGUGCUUGCAGAAGGACGGUGGUUGGCUGGUGAUCAGAGUUCACUGAGAGUUUGCACUGAGCAGCUAUGAAUAAUGUGGCAAUAAUGAGUAUUGUAUCAGCUCACUCUGUCUGUCCUUUUUGCUUUUAGAGGCUAAACUUCUCCCUCGCUUCUCUUUGUCCUCAUGCACAUCUAUUGGCAACUAAACGUACUGUGAAACCUGCACGUGAUAACGAUAAGCUAUAUUUAAGAAUGAAGUUAAACAAAUGAAUGCAAUGUAAUACGCCCUUUAAUGCAAACUGACACCCCUAAUAUGAAGACCUCAGCAACUAUACAAUAUCAUUCAGUUUGUUUCGAAAGCUUUUUGUUGACGAUGGUGCGCUAGAUUGUGAUAUUUUGUACAGGCUUUGCCUUCUCUUGUGCAACUCUGCCCAUCUUUGUUUUAGUUUGUUCUCAACACAACAAGUGUCACUAUAUUGAUAGCCCAUAGUUGAAUACGUCUGUAAAGUAUGAACA